AUGAAUCUUUCUUUAGAUGAAUGUACUGUUGGCAAUGGAGAUGAUGUAGAACCUUGUUAUCGUAAUUCAUGUUCACGGUAUUAUUCAAUGGAUACAACUCUUGUUGAAGAAGAAGAAAAUGAAGAAACCAAACCUAUUCGAGCAAUCUUCAAACAUAAUUCAUCAAUUAAAUUUUGGUGUGAAUUAAACAAUUGUAAUAAUCAAAAUGUUGGUAAACUGGUUAGAGAAGCUGUCAGUAAACAAUAUGAUCUAUGGACGAUGUACAAGGCUUAUAAAACUGAUGGAAAACCUAUUAUCAAAUGA